GUUCGUUUCUUCCGCCCCGUCCCUGAAGAUGUUGGUACCCUUCAUCAGACCCCUCGCGGUGUAAAUCCAAAACCGGUACUGGAUCCGUAUCUUACACAAAGUUGUCAUCUAUCUUUAUUUUGCAUCUAGAUCUAUGUGUUACGCAUACUAGGUUAGUUGAGGUUAUCAACUGACGUGGUCCACGAACUCUAAGUCCAAGUUUUUAUGGUCUAUAUUAAGUUGUGGUUCCUCAUCUUGAAAACUCCUUUCUGUUCCUAACCUACUUGUCAUCAAUGAAACAAGUAGAUAGACUAUGACUAACUCUACAAAAAUGAACAACUCUGCUCCCUAAGUUUUUCAUCUAGAACAAGAACUUGCCUUCCCUAAAAGAUCAAAAAGAAGAUGUUGUUCCCACCAUGGAUGACUUUGUUGUGCCUCUAUGGGGCAGCCUAUGUGCGGCCUUUGUGUUGUAGCGUGUCGGCGUUGCGGUCGCGUGAUCGUGAAGCUGGCGAGCUCUGGGUUCUCUAUUGGAUCGCGUUUGCACUGGCAAGACAGGCAUACAUUUUCUCCAUGUACAUUGUCGAUUCUUGUCUUUCUACUGCGGGACAUCAAGUACAAACUUCGACGGAUCCGGAUGGGUUGCAACUACAGAGCUCUGCUGCUAGUAGCAUCGUAUCCUUCUUCUUGCGGAAGAAUGAAGACGGCGUGUUUUCAUCAUCGCAAGUUGCACAAGGCGAAGGUGUGGGGAGUCGCGGCAUUGAUGUCCACGACCGGGUAUUGCUUGGGACCCAAGAAGGGCUAAUCACAUCAAGUUUGUUAACGCAAGUUCUUACUUCUUCCCCCUUGCUGCGCGAGAUCUUCCUCUUGUUUGUGUACUGGCUGACAAGCUAUGAGUUUCAAGGUGUGCGGUUCUUGUAUGUACGUCUUUGUCGCUUUGCAAGGAGCGACACGGCAGGUCCGUGCAAACAGAACAAGCUUGGCGCUUUGUAUGAAAAACUGGUGUGCUGGCAAGGAACAAAGGCUCGUUCUUUAGCAUCUGGAUUGGCUUCUUCACUAGUGAUUCGACGAAGAAGGCCUGUUCAAACCGGAGCUGAGAGGGAACAAAGCAGUACGAGGGGUCAAAAGAAUCAAGUGCAGGUCCAUCCGUUUGCAGCUUCAACAACGAACAAUAGAAGUAUGUCCUCUGCUAUGUCAUCGUGGUUUCCGAUUAACCGUCCAACUCGUCGAAGAGCCGGUUUUGACGGACUCCAAAGUCGCGAAGAUGAACUACCCGAAGACAGAUAUACAACAAUAACAGCGAGAUCGCUGGGACUCCUCAACAAGCUGACGAGUCGUACACGUAAUUCAAGUCGUAUAACACGUAGUAGUUGUGAAGAUAAUACCUCCACCACGUCGUCAUCGAGGAGCUCUUUUCUGCAGAUAGAAAACGAUGAUUUGGUAGAAGUAGAUGACGACGUACUAGAGGAGGUUGAAGAUGCAGCUCAUGUGAAGAAGCAGCCAGGAAACGAAACAGCUUCUUCAAGCGCUGGACCUUGUAAUACUAGCAAACAAGAAGUCAGAGGUAGCGGCGCACCAGACGCAGUGUUUUGCGAAACAAGUGGUAGCGACUCGUCUUUCAUCGAGAUCGAGGAUGACUACUUGAAGGUCGCUACUGAAUUGACACGUGCUGGUGUUGGUGAAUUCGCGGCUUUAGGUAAAAGUCCUGUUCAUGAGGAAGGUGAAAGCGAAGCAGGCACACUAGCAGGAUCAUUGGGGACAGUAUUUGGAGACGGACUUGGUUUUUUCCGAAAUACGUUCGGUUUUUCUAGUAGCUCCGACAAGUAACUUCAAUUAAAUGAGCCAAGAGGAGAUUGAGAUGUAGUCGUUUAAUUUUGGAUUAUCAUUGCUUGUUUUUCAAAAAAUUUGCGAAGUCAGAUAGGUUUUCUUGCUGAUUCGUCUAGGGUUUUUCGAAGCGAGCGAAAGUCGUACAUAAAAAUGGACUAUUUACUCAUGUUUUUACGAGAAUGAAUAUGAAGGAUUAAUAGCCCCCGAGCAGAUGUCAGAAUCGAGAAAAAUUACUUGGUGUAUAUUAAGUUCUAGCUCUAGUGUAACAUAUUUUCUAGUUCUAUCACAGAAGAUUACAACUUGGUCGUCGAUGAAUACGACUGUGGUGGCGACCGGACGCAGUCUCAUCGUCAGACUGCUCUGCUUUGAUAAGUUUAUAUUUUUGACAGGUGGUAAUUGAUAUUUUGACUUUCGUAUGUAAGUAUGUAAUGGAUCGUAUGUGUAUGUAAUGGAUUCUCAUCAUAAUCUGUUGAAGAAGCACUACCGUUGUAUGCUCACCCAUGCAUCGCGGAUAUUGUACUUUAGAUUGUAGAUGAAGACGUACUCGUAUGAAGGAAGCCGAUAGAAUUUUCAAUCUAUACCUCGAGAGCUUCACGUGAUAUUUCGCUUUAUUCUGAAAUCGAUUUACAUUGAUUGUAACUGUUGAGAAGCGCAGGGAGGGAUGCAAUGGCGGCAAAGAAGUUGAACUGCAGAAAUUUUAGAUCCCGAUAUGGAGUGUGCUGCUACAACUUGGAGGUAGAAAACUAGAUCCCGAUAAACAUAAAUAUGGAGUAGAAAAUACAAAAUGCUACAACUUGGAGGAAAUUACCACUUUUUCUCGUGACCAUAAAAACACUCAACAUACGAAUUCGAUCAGUGUAUCCUAUGGACAAAAAUUCCGAGAAAGCAGCUGCAGCGAGAGAGCGAGUAUGUAAGUUGGUUCACCGACGUUGAGCGUCCAGAACGGUGAGCGUGCACAAGCUGAAAACGAGUACUCAGACACACCAGCUUUGCCUCAUCUGUUCCACAGAUUUCAGGUUGGAGAAAAUGAAAAUUGUCUGACCAAUUGAAUCUAUCAAUCUCGUCUACCAAUCUAAAAAA